CUUCAGAUAUGCCGUGCACCUUCUCUGAGAAGCCAAGAACCCUAGACCGCCCUCUCGUCAUCUCUCGGGGCUCCGUCAAUCUGCAGUCGCUUCCAGGCGCGCGCGAUUUCGGGGAUAGACGGCCGGCACCGGAACUACCCACGGCGGUCGUGACCUGAAGCGCCCACCGGCUCCGGCGUCGCGGGUCGAGCUCGGUGACUCCGGCGCGACGGCGAACGCCCUGACGGCGAGAUUCAUCACGAGGAACUUCUGGGUUUAAUUGGAACUCUCUGGAAAUCAAGAGUAUGAAUUUCGUGGCAUCACUUUAUAGGAGAGUGAAUAUCAAAGAGCUUACCACCAGCAUCCCUGUUUAUAACAAUGCCAGUGAUGCAUCUGGUGGAGGAUUGAAUUUGCUGUUCAGGCGUUGGGCCACUAAGAAGUCGGCUGGAUCAACAAAGAACGGAAGAGACUCAAAACCAAAGAAUCUUGGUGUGAAGAAGUUUGGUGGAGAGAGAGUCAUACCAGGAAAUAUAAUUGUUCGACAGCGGGGCACCCGAUUUCACCCUGGAAACUACGUCGGAAUGGGGAAAGAUCACACCCUCUUUGCAAUGAAAGAAGGGUCGGUUCAGUUUGAGAAGCACAAGCUCAGCGGGCGCAAGUGGGUGCACAUUGUUCCAAAGGACGGCCACACACUUCACCCCAUGUAUGCAGAGGCUGCUGCUGUGGAUGCACCUGAGCUGAAGACAGCUACUUAAACAACCCGCCUUUGGAAUUUGAUGGUUGAAUUUUCAUCCCAACUCCAUAUUUCACCUCUUUUCUGAACAAUAAGCGUUGGGGCAUGGGAAAGAGCUUGAGGUACAAGCUGCAAUGCUCGAGAUAAAGUAGUUAGCCAUUGUUGCUUGCCUCUUUGAAAACUCAGGCACCAAAAGAAAAGGACAGAUACAAGGAUCUCAGUGUGUCUGUCUACUGGGGUAAAAUUGUAUGUGUAUUUUUGCAUGCAUGCUCGCUUGUUUGCGCUGUGAUUUCUUGCUGCUGAUGAGUCGCCACUUUCGGUUCCUCUUCUUAUACAUUCACUAAUCAGCACA